AUGGUUUCACCUAGUUUGAAAAUAUCUGCGCCUCCUGAUGGUGUCGUGAACAUUACACACGAGAUGGAACUCGUCCAUAUCAUCAACGUAGACGAACUAAAGCAAAUCAUACGGGUAUUGGUGUACGUUGUUGAGCAAUGGGAUGAUCCAACACUGAGUUGGGAUCCAACCAACUUCUCUGGUCUUCGUUACACAUGGCUACCAGAAGAGUCGAUAUGGAUUCCAGAUAUAAUUGUAUUCAACAUGUUGGUGUUUGUGCGAUUCUUCUUUCAGCGAAAGAGAAAGUACGAAUUACACAUGUCCACUAUAAGGUUGGAUCAUCAAGAGCUUCUGCAUUCGGUACGAUCUCCAAUCCGAAUCGAAUAUAACGGGCGAGUUACAUUCUCCUAUCCUGCUAUCUAUUCGGUGAUGUGUAGAAUAAGUAAGUUACGAAUGUAUUUGCCCUUUCAUCUCACUUCGUAUAUCAAAAUGGCUCUUUUAGACGUUGCCAGAUUCCCGUUUGAUACCCAGAGAUGUAAUCUUCGAGUGAGUGUUGCAUGGGUCAAGCCGUUCUUGCAACAUUAUACCGCAAAUGAAGAAUGGGCCUUACAGGAAGUCGGCAUUACUCAAGACCACUAUGAUCAUGAGGGAACAGUUGUGAGCGAAGCAAAGUACAUCGUGUCCAUCUCAAGAAAGCCAUUUUAUUAUCUCAUCAGUCUUGUACUGCCAAGUUACAUUAUUUGUAUGCUAUCCGUAGCAGGUCUAUUCGCAAGAUUUUCUACAAAACACGAACGACAGGAAAGAUUCACAUUAGGCGUUACGGCAAUCCUUAGUAUGGCUGUACUUUCACUUGUGGUCACAGAAAAAGUCCCACACAGCUCGGAGGAGGUCCCGUUGCUCAUUGUCUACUUCCACUUCAACAUUGUUAUGGUUACUCUCGCAACCACUUUGACUUCCACAGUAAUGAGAGUACAUUCUAAGGGUUUCUCUAACCGGCUGUUGCCACCCCCUUCUUGGCUACUACGAUACUUAUUUAUUCGAGGAACUCAAUUCACCUCUAUUCCCAAUGGGAAUUCGCCCAGUGCAAAAAGAGUGAUGAUAGCGGAGAAAUGGGGUGCGGUUUCUCGAAGAAUGGACCACUUGCUUUCACUUUUUUUCCUUGCGACGGUCUCCACACCCACAAUGUAUUUAUUCCUACUUUGCUUCUCGAUGGAUAACAUCACCCAAGAGCGAGAAUUAUUAAACGGGUCUCGUGAAGCCGUAUGA